ACCAUGCGCGCAUGCGCGCUACAAGGAUAGGCGACUACCAAGAUAUCAAAAUCUAUGUGAAGUCGAACACGCCUACAGAUUCAGUAUUGUUAAUCUAAACGCGGUAAAACGAUAGUACACCAUGUCAUUUGAUGGAGUGAAGUGGUAUAAGCGCACAGCACUGAUGUAUGCAAUCGGAACAUGGACUUUGCUUGGGUCUUGUGUAUAUUACACAUUUUACAAAGGCGACGCACGAGUUGUUAUACGUAAAGAGGAGGAGGACGCAACACCAAAUGUGAGACUAUUUAAAUCAUCUCACAUGUCAGCAAAAAUAACCUACAAAGAAAAUUUUGUCCCAUAUUCCACAAGAUUUCUGGAACUUUUCAGACCCAGAGCUGAUGACUCUUCAGGAAGUCAAAAUGAAGAAAAAUAAAAUGCAUGUCAUUUUAAAUGGCACUGCUAUGCAAUGUAUUUCCUGUCUAUGGACAGUUUUCCAUGAAAACUUCCACUUUUCCAGUUUCCAUCUUCUAAAAUUAAAAAAUUAAAAAGAAAGUGUCUGGGUUAGUUUUUUGCUUGCAUCAUUUCAAAACAAAAAACUGUGUUAGGAUAAUGAGGUUCAAAAUUAUCUUGACUGAUGUUUUUUCCCUGUAAUAAGAAUUUGUAUUGAGAAGUGAUACGUGUAUUAUUGUGUAUUAUUACUAUUAGUAUAUUGUGUUAACAUGAUCAUUAAGAUUUUCAGUCAUCUAGUCAUCUUACACAUUUUGAAAUUGUCUCAGACCCAGAGGUUUAACCUUGACUUUGUUCUUGAAUAUGCAUCACUCAGGCAAUGACAAACUGUACGGUUGUCUUGACAUAAUACUUCUGAAUUUUACAUUCUAAAUUUGUUACACAUUCUCAUUUUCUUAUUGUUAGGUCAAUUAUGUCCUUUAGUGAUUUUGUUUGUGGGUUGUUUAUCCCUAUAUUCCCAUGCUCAUAAUGGUGUCCAGGAAUAAGUCCUUGAUAUAUUUAUUUUUAGGCCUGUCCUUUAAGAACUUUACCCCUCUAAUUUCUCCAAAUACUGUCUAAUGUCCAACUCAAUAAAAUUAAAUAAAAAGUUUUUGGAGAAAGUUGUCCCCCCACAGGCCCAGUAUUUUCUAAGUUGGAAUAUUCAUCAUUAUAAAGUAUAUUUCAGCAAGGGUGAUUUUAUGGUUUAUCACCACAGUAAGAAAGUGUGACGUGCAAACACUGAGGAGAUAGAAAUUGUGUGUGGGGGUGUGUGCACAUGCAUGGUUACACAGUACAUCACCUCUUUUCCCCCCCCAUCAGAAAAUGUGCAAUGUUAGCUAGUAUGGUUGGUUAAAAAUCAAUUACAGUGCCUAGUAGGGCUGUGUGAAAUUGUGAUACAUAUCAGUGUGGUGGAAAAUAUUAUCUUCUGAAGACAAAUAAAAAGUUAAACUCAGAGACA